UCUCCUCCGACCCCACCAUGCGUCAUCCAUCGAUGACCGUCAGUCAUUUCACCAAAGUAUGCCAACACCAUUCUAUCCUUCCUUGCCAUUGCGCCCUUCGAUCUGUGCAACGACUCCACGCGUCCCGUCCUCUGAAAAUAGCAGCGCAUAUUGCUCCGCAUCAUCCGCAUCUUUUGCUAGUUUCGUGACACGCACGCUUCUUCCACCCUGGAUCCUAAGACGGAGCACAGAAACGGAGAGAAUUGAAGACAGGCAUCAGCGCAUUAUGGCGGAGCGCACAGUCACCGUCGUUGGUCCAGACAGCGGCCCAGAGGCCCCGUUCCCGCUGCUCAUGGAAGGCCCCGUGCAGCAUGGACAGAAGCGAGGCGGCGAUAAGCUCGGCAUCCCAACCGCGAACCUCCCCGUUGACCGCUCGGGCAAAGAAGACGCCGCAUCCGGCGUCUACUUCGGCUACGCCUCCCUGCUACUGCCGUCCACGCACGCCGACCACCCCUCCAGAUCCUCCAACUCCAACCCCAACCCCCCAGAAAAGAAAUGGCACAUCUACCCCAUGGUAAUGUCCAUAGGCUACAACCCCUACUUCUCCAACAAAGAGCGUACCGCCGAAGCGAACCUCUUACAUAUCUUCGACGACAGUUUCUAUGACGUGCCGAUGCGGUUGCUGAUCCUGGGGUACAUCCGACCCGAGCUCGACUACGCGGGCAUGGACAAGCUGAUUGCCGAUAUCAAUGCCGAUCGCCGGGACGCGUAUGUGAGUUUGCGAACGCGGAAGGGGUGGGUGCCUAAGGAAGGGGCUUGGAUACCUAGUGAAGAGGAAGUGGAGGUGGAGGCGGAGGGUGAGCGAAAGAGGAAGUGGCAAAUAACAAAGGACGUUACAUGGGAGGCGGGGACGUUGGAUGCGAGUUGGUUGGUCAGGGAUUGAGUGGCGAGACAUUCGAAAGGGAAAUAGGAAAUGGGACCAUAUUAGAAAUAGAAGGGUUGAUACAGCAUCUGACACGUAUAUAGACCGCGCCUGAACGGACACAUCGUGAUUUAUGAAACUAAAAGCUUUGU